AUGGUCCGUGGGCUGCUCGUCAAGGACUUCAUUACGUUUGAGAAAUGUGUGUCGUGUGCUCAAGGAAAGCAUCAUAGAAAGCCACACUUGCCAAAACAGGUCAAUUCAAUUAGCCAAGUACUUCAAUUACUUCAUAUGGAUUUUUUUGGUCCAGUAAAUGUUCUAAGCAUAAACAGAAGCUCUUACUGUCUGGUUGUGAUUGAUGACUUCUCUCGAUUUACGUGGGUCUUCUUUCUAUCCCACAAAGCUGGCAUUUCUGAAUUGAUCAAGAAGUUCAUAGUAUUAGUUGAGAACCAGACCAACAAUCGGGUGAGGGCGCUUCUUAACGAUAACAGAACAGAGUUUAAGAAUUCUGUUCUCGAUUAUUUAUGUGCGGAAAAGGGUAUUUUACGUCAAUUUAGUUCGGCUCAUACACCUCAGCAAAAUGGUGUUGCCGAAAGACGGAACAGAACGCUAAAGGACGCUGCAAGAACAAUGCUGUGUGAUUCAAAGCUGCCAGUUUUCUUCUGGGCUGAGGCGAUAAACACUGAUUGUUAUGUUCAGAAUCGAGUGCUUAUCAACAAAGCUCAGAUGAAAACUCCAAGUGAUUCGCACUGGAAGAGUAUCUCUGAAGAUGAAGACGAAGAAUUUGUGUACAAGCCUGUAUCUAAAUCCUUUGCUUCAUCGAAAGGGAAAGCUAAAGCUUCACUUGAGGGAGAGACCUCUGGUUCGCAUAAGGGAGGAUCUCCUGCCACAUCUGAGGGGAAGCCUUCUGCUGCACCUGAGGGGGAGUCUUCUGCAACAUCUUCGGGAGAGUCCUCUGCUACUCGUCAAAGGAGGCCAUUUUUGGAACAUGAUAGUCCUCAAUCAGUCCAUACUGAUUCUUCUGAUGCUGAAGCGACUCCUCACAUAUCUACAGAGAAAGAGUUCAUUCCAAAUGAUGCUUCCACUGUCUCUUCAACCUUUAUGGAAUUACUCUUUCCUGAUCUUAUUGCAGAUGAGUAUGUCGCAGAACCAUCUAGUGCUGCUCAACCAGCAAAUGAAGGAGUUUCGGUUGUAGGUAUUGUGAUGGGAAAUGAAAUUACCAAGUGA